CUAUCACCAUAUCGAUAAUCUAUAAUUCCUGAGCCGCGAUUUAAAAUGGAUCGUAAAGAGGAAGAGGGUGCUUCAAAUGGGACAGCAGGAAGAUCCUCAAGGGGCCAUGUUAACGGCGCAUUUGUGCACAGCGGAAGCACCGAUCAGCUCGUCACAGACGAUACCACUUCCUUGAGUGACCAUGAACUUGACACGAUGCAAAAUGGCCAAUCAUCUGUGACGGUCGGGGUCAAACCAACUUCCACGCCACCGGAUGAAGAGGCCAAGAAGAAGAAAGACGAGAAGGACGACGCGGAGCCUAAACUGCCGCCGGUUCCGUUCUCCACCUUGUUCCGCUAUGCCACAUGGGUGGAUGUCGUGCUGAUGGUGGUGGGAAGCCUGUUUGCCUGCGCGACGGGGCUGGCAUGGCCUAUGAUGAACGUUGUCUUCGGGGAUAUGACGGAUUUAUUCAGUGUGGGCGAGGGAGGAAUUCCUUCCGGUGAACCGAAUACUACGAGUUUUCCCAUACUACCAAAUUCAUCGUUUUCCCCGAUAAUUCCGUCGGCGACGUACAUGGAGGAGCAGAUCAAUAAAUUCACGUACCGCUAUCUGUACAUUGGCGCGGCAUCCUUCGUGGCCAGCGUAUUUCAGGUGGCCUGUUGGGUUACCGCCUGUGAGCGUCAGAUUCACAAGAUGAAAAAGAAAUUUCUGCACUCUGUACUGCGGCAAGAAAUGGCAUGGUUUGAUACCCAUGAAAGUGGAUCACUGACAACACGUUUAUCAGACGAUAUGGAACGAGUGAAAGAUGGUCUCGGUGACAAAAUGUCCUUUGCUCUUCAAGCCUUUGCCCAGUUUGUCGGAGGUUUCGCCGUUGGUUUUUAUAAAGGAUGGGAUUUGACUCUGGUUAUGUUAUCCCUGGUUCCGUUUUUGGCCAUUGCCGGAGCUUUUAUUAGCAAGCUCGUCAGUGAGGCAUCCACUCGGGAACAGGAGAAAUACGUGAAAGCCGGCGCCAUCGCUGAAGAAGUACUGGGAUGUAUCCGGACUGUGACGGCGUUCGGAGGACAGCGGCGAGAAAUUCGCAGAUACGAUACGCAAAUGGCAGCAAGUGAAAAGUUGGGAAUUAGGAAGGCCUUCGUCACUGGCAUUGGACUGGGCGCUGUAUUCGUAAUUAUGUAUGCGACAUACGCACUGGCUUUCUGGUAUGGCUCGACAUUGCUGGCAGCCGUCCCCAAGACCAAGACCGUCGGUGAGAUCUUCACAGUGAUCUUCUCCGUCAUCAUCGGUGCAUUUUCAAUCGGCAUGGCUGCACCGCACUUGGCCACGAUCGCCACCGCCAAGGGAGCAGCGGCAACCAUCUUCGAGGUCAUUGACAGUGCUCCCACGAUUGAUUCCUAUUCGGAUGCCGGCGCCAGGCCCGACAAGUGCGAAGGACGCAUCGAAUUCCGGAACAUCAAAUUCCGGUACCCUACCCGCCCGGAUGUGGAGGUGCUGAAGGGCGUUAACGUUGCGGUGAAUCCCAAUGAAACGGUGGCCCUGGUGGGUAAUAGUGGCUGCGGGAAGUCGACGCUGUUGGCGCUGUUGCAGCGCUUUUAUGAUCCGGAGGAAGGGCAGGUGUUGCUGGAUGGGCGGGAUAUUCGGGAGCUGAAUGUGCACUGGUUGCGAUCCAAUAUCGGCGUGGUGGGACAGAUGCCGGUUCUGUUUGGAUUGACCAUCGCCGAGAACAUUGCCCUGGGACGCACAGUGACCGAAGACGAUAUACAGCGGGCCGCUCGUUCGGCGAACAUCCAUGAUUUCAUUGUCGGUCUACCGGAUGGUUACAACACCAUGGUCGGAGACCGUGGAGGUCAGUUGUCCGGAGGACAGCGUCAACGUAUCGCUAUCGCCCGCGCCUUGGUAACUAACCCGACCAUUCUUCUGCUGGACGAAGCCACGUCGGCGCUGGACGCCGAAUCCGAGCAUCUGGUGCAAAUGGCUAUUGAUAAGGCACGGGAAAAUCGCGCAACAAUUGCUAUUGCCCAUCGUUUGUCUACGAUUCAAAACGCCAGUACGAUAUAUGUUAUGGAAAAAGGUCAUGUGGCCGAACAAGGAACCCAUGAAGAAUUAAUUUCUCAGAAAGGCAUCUAUCAGGAACUGGUCAGUCUCCAGCGCAUUCAUCGCGCCGACGCUGUGACGCCAGAGCAGGCCAAAAGCCAGCAAGAUCUGGAGGAGGAAUUCCACGCAGAAACCGAUGCCAAGAAAGUAGCUAUAAAACGCCAGAAAUCGAUCAAAGCCGCUAAGGAAAAAUCCAAAGACUCCUUGGAGGAAAGGAUGAAGGAGCUGAAAGCGGAGGAGGCGGAGGCGCCGACAUUUUUCCGCAUGCUCAAGGAGAAUAGUCCCGAGUGUGGCUGGAUUGCUGCCGGGACUCUGGGCAGUUUGAUUCUGGGCACGGCAAUGCCGGCCUUUUCCUUGCUCUACAGUCAGAUGUUCGAAGAGUUCAGCACAACCGAUCAGGAAGCAUUGAAACGGGCUGGCGUGUUUUGGUCCUGCAUGUUUUUGGUUUUAGGAGCUGCUAAUUUCAUUGGUCAUCUACUGCAAGCCGGAAUGUUUGGUACCAGCGGUGAUAAGAUGACGCGCCGUCUUCGCAUUCGAACAUUUGAGAAUGUUCUUCGACAAGACAUGGCAUACUUUGAUGAAGAACGCCAUACCACCGGGAAACUGACCACACGUCUGGCUACCGAUGCUCCCAUGGUCAAAGGGGCGACAGGAUAUCGCUUAGGUGUUUUGGUCAACACCGCGGUUGCCGGGAUUGCAGCCAUUGUUAUUUGCGGAUAUUUUGGUUGGCAAUUGGGAUUGGCCAUUAUCGGCUGUGCCCCGGUUCUGAUCUUGGCCGGCGGCAUCAGCAUGAAACUGCACACCGGUGACCAGCAGAAAGACACCAGGGAAUCCGAGCGAGCGGGAAAUACAGCGGCGGAAUCCAUUGAAAAUAUUCAGACGGUGCAGUCUUUGUCACAAGAACCAUAUUUUUACGAUCAGUAUUCGAAGUACCUGGAAUUUCCUCACCAGACGAAUCUGCGCCGAAGCAAGGUGUAUGCCGUGGCCUUUGCAUUUUCGCAGGCCGUUAUUUUUCUGCUGUAUGCCGGGGCCUUCCGUUUUGGAUACUACUUGGUAUCGAUUGAACAGAUGAAGUUUGUGGAUGUUUUCCGGGUGUUUUUCGGGAUUGCCUUCGUAGCAAUGACCUUCGGACAGAUGACGUCAAUGCUGCCGGAUUAUUCCAAAGCCAGAAUAUCGGCCGGUUUGAUUCUCAAAAUGAUGAGUCAAUUGCCGCGAUUCGACGUGUACAGCACUGCGGGAACACGUCCGGAAGGAGGCGGGGAAAUCGAGUUUCGAAACGUGUCUUUCCAUUAUCCAUCUCGUCCUGAUGUUCCCGUGCUGAAAAACCUGAGUUUCCGCGUUCAACCUGGUCAGACACUGGCCAUUGUAGGCGCCAGUGGUUGCGGCAAAAGUACGGUGGUAUCGCUGCUUGAGCGUUUCUACGACCCGGUGGAAGGAGAAAUUUUGGUUGACGGAGUGGAUUUGCGGAACCUGAAUCUGGAAGCGUAUCGAUCGCGCGUGGCUAUUGUGGCGCAGGAGCCCAUCCUCUUCAACACCUCCAUUAACGAGAACAUCGCGUAUUCUCUGCCCGACGGCGCCGUGGUGCCGGAAGAGACCGUGAUGGAUGCCGCCCGUGUGGCGAAUAUCCACGACUUUAUUAUGAACCUCCCGCAACGCUAUGAGACGGGUGUUGGAGAAAAAGGCACGCAAUUGAGUGGAGGUGAACGGCAACGGGUGUCCAUUGCCCGUGCGGUCAUCCGCGAUCCGCGGAUACUGCUGCUGGACGAGGCCACAUCGGCGCUGGAUUCCACAUCGGAAAAGGUUGUACAAGUGGCUCUGCAAGCGGCGAGUGCCGGUCGCACCUGUAUCGUCAUCGCGCACCGGCUGUCGACGAUAAAGGAGGCCAAUGUGAUCAUGGUAAUGGACAAGGGCACCAUCAUGGAGCAGGGCACCCAUGAAGAGCUCCUGGCCCAGAAUGGCCUCUACGCCGAACUAACACGAGGACAGCGCUUAAAGUAGAAGGUCACGCGGUUGGGCACCAAAGGGAAAGAGAGUACUAUGGGCAGUGGUCGUCUUUAUGAUUUUUUGUAUUUUUGUUUGUUGUUGCUUGAGCCUGGAUUUCUUACGUUGAAAGUUUUCAUUUUGCUUUAUGUGAUUGACAUAGGCUUUCCGCAAAAUUAAUGAGACUCACUUCAAAUAACUUGAAUAACGCAAAACUGGUUUUUGCUUCCUUCUGUGUUAAUUUUUUGUGUUUAAAUGAUUGAUUUACGUGUGGAAUGAAAUUGAGCUUUUAA